CUUCGGACUAACUGUCCGCCCUGCCUACCGGGAGUUGGCAGCAGAAUGCGGCCGCUCUUCGCGCUCGCUCUCUCUUAUAUAACUUCAGCGUGCGCGUCAAGCGCGGCUGCCACUUUACGCACGGGCUCGCACUUUGGCACUUUUAGAAGAUCCCUCGAACUCGUUGUGGAUUUCUUCGGGAGCGUGUUUUCUUUCUCCUCCCGCUUCUUAAAUCCGGGAAAGAGGAGCGAGAUUUUUGGCUUCGGACCUCCUCCUCCUCUCUCCUCGACCUUGUUUACUUGAGUUGCCAAAUAGUUGCUGCUGGGGAUAUUUACUCGAGACUUGAGGAUGAGCGUUUUUGUUUAAAAUUAUUUUUGCCGUGUCAAAUGCACGGAAUGUUUUUUAUUCCACGGCUCCUCCGCGCCGACUUUGCGUCACUCCUGGUUAUUUCUCACAGAGUUUUUGACAGGACAUGACUUAAAACGGAGGGCUGCAUCCCUCUCCAGACAGCAGAUAACAAAAUGGAUCAGGGCAGCUCGAAGUGCAACAGUAAUCGAGACGACUGCCUGACAUUCAUAGAGUUGGGAACCGGAGUAUGUACAGAGUCAGCUGACACCACAGGUUCCCUGCUCAGUGCUCUCCACCCAACUGCCGUAACCCCAAACGGGGGUGGAACCAAAGACCAGCUGGAGCCUAGAAGCCUCUUCGACUCCCACCAGCAGCGUCAGGUUCCGCUCGAAGGGUCAAGCAUGAAUGGCCAGAAAAUGGUCCGACUAGAGAAACAGCAGCAGGAUGUUGGCGUGUUUAACAUGGAGGACGACUUGGCGGUGCUGAGCAAGAAUAUUGCUGAUCUGGACCAUGCGUCCGCGUCUGUCAUCGACACCUCUGUCCUGGGAAACCUUCCUCUGCCUGACCUUUUCCCCCAGCACAUCAAACAGGAAGGAGACUUCUCCCUGGAUAAAGAUUUGGGAUUUCACGGUGGACUUCCCUCCGCGACUUCCUGUGGUUUGACAGGCGUCAGUCGCCUGAUUGAGGACAGCGAGCUUUGGAAAAACCUGGAUCUUCCGGUAUCCCUGUCAGAGAUCAGCGACUUUGAGUUGGAUUCUGAAGUGGCUCACUUGGAUAACAUCCUGCAUGACGGCGGCAGACCUGUCGAAGGCUUACCAAAAGUGACGCAAGUGCCCAUGGGCAACAGCGGGAACUGUCACAACGCUAAUGACACCAGCCAGCAGCAUGACGCCAUGCUCCACCAUCAUCAUCAUCCUCACCAGCAGCAUCACGUUCUGCAGCACCAGCUUCACCAACAACAUCAGCAGCCCUCUACCCUUCUCUCCAGCGUCAUUGUCAAAGAGAAAGACCCCGACCACUCUUUCACCCACAUCCGCACUCCCAGUGUCGUCAAGCUGGAGAAGCAGGAGCCUGUGUUCUGCCAGUCACAGUGUCUCCAGGGAGGCAUGGGCUCGGUUCAUUUAGGAGCCCCGAUGUCCUCGUCUACGAGCAUGGACGCAGUUCCUGGCUACCGCUGCAUAACCACUGCACCCUCCAACAUGGGCCAGCAAGACCGGAAGCCCUUUGGCAUGCACUCGAGCCUGCCCUCAUUGGGGGAGAGCUGGAUGCAAGUGGACGGGUAUGGAGAGGCAAAGGUGAUUCAAAGGGCCAAUGAGGGGCUUGCCAACACUGCGGUGUUGACGUCAUACCCGCUCAGUUUUUCCAGCUCAUCACCCAGAAUUGGAGCAGAGUCCAACAGUUCUAUAGUAUCGGGUCAAUCCAAACCCAACGGACAGACCCACAAAGUGUGUCUGGUGUGUUCGGACGAGGCCUCCGGAUGCCACUAUGGGGUGGUAACAUGCGGCAGCUGCAAGGUUUUCUUCAAGAGGGCUGUGGAAGGAUGGAGAGCUCGACAAAAGAGUGAUGGUCAGCACAACUACCUGUGUGCAGGGAGGAACGACUGCAUCAUCGACAAGAUCCGCAGGAAAAACUGUCCAGCCUGUCGCUUCCGGAAAUGCCUUCAGGCUGGAAUGAAUUUAGAAGCGAGGAAAAACAAGAAGCUGAACAAAAAAAUAGACCAUCGAAUUAUCAGGCCGCCGGAGCCCGUCCCCACCAUGCCCGUGCUGGCCAUCCCUGCCUGCGUGCCCCAGCUGGUGCCCGCCAUGCUGUCUGUGCUCAAGGCCAUCGAGCCCGAGAUCAUCUACUCUGGCUACGACCCCACGCUGCCCGACACGUCCUCGCGCCUCAUGAGCACGCUCAACAAGCUCGGCGGGCAGCAGAUCAUCUCGGCUGUCAAGUGGGCAAAGUCGCUGCCAGGCUUCCGUAACCUGCACCUGGAUGACCAGAUGACGCUGCUGCAGUGCUCGUGGCUCUUCCUCAUGUCCUUCGGUCUGGGCUGGAGGUCGUACCAGCAGUGCAACGGCAGCAUGCUCUGCUUCGCCCCCGACCUCGUCAUCAACCAAGAGCGCAUGAAGCUUCCUUUUAUGUUGGGGCAAUGCGAGCAGAUGCUGAAGAUCUGCACAGAGUUUGUGCGUCUGGAGGUGUCCUACGAUGAGUACCUGUGCAUGAAGGUACUGCUGCUGCUGAGCACAGUGCCUAAAGAGGGCCUAAAGAGCCAGGCGGUGUUCGAUGAGAUCCGCAUGAUGUACAUCAAGGAGCUGGGAAAAGCCAUCGUCAAGCGAGAGGAGAGCACCAGCCAGAACUGGCAACGCUUCUACCAGCUCACUAAGCUACUGGACUCCAUGCAGGGGAUGGUGGAGGAUCUCCUCCAGGUUUGCUUCUACACGUUCAUGAAUAAGACGCUGAGUGUGGAGUUCCCCGAGAUGCUGGCGGAGAUCAUCACCAACCAGAUACCAAAAGUCAAAGACGGCAGCGUCAAGCAGCUGCUCUUUCAUCAGUCGUGAGCGCCUUCAGGCCUUAACAGCCAUGCCUUAAAAUUCCACCCCCCCCCCCCCCUGCCCGAACCCCAACUCCCCAAUUCCGCGACGCACCACUUUACUGCCACAUCCUCGCUCAGGUUUGAAAACCGACUUCCCAUUUGGUCUACAGAGGAAAUAUUUUCGGCCCCCUCCUCCUCCUCAGCCUGAAUGUUGUUCACUUUGGUGGCCACAUGAUUUCACCGUUGACAACUACAAACAUCCACGUCCUGAUUACGCUCUCCCAUUACCUGCCGACGACCUUCAGAAUGUAACGUGUCAACUAUAUAUAUAUAUUAGUAUAUAGUAUAUAUACAUACUGUAUGAUAUACCCCAAGAAGACGAAAAUGUUUUCAGCUUGCUAUAAGCGACAAAAAACAGCGACUGAAAAAAAAUCUUUGGAUUUUCCGCUUGUUGAAUGCACGCACACUCGCUUUUAAGUCCAUUCAGCAACAGCAAGUACAUGUGAGAAGGGAAACCAGUGCCUUUCAGCUUCUAAAGCUUUUCAUAGCUGUUCAGUUUUUUUUAUUUUUUACACAAUAUACAAUCACAAAAAAAAACUCGUCAACUUUUCCCAUCGUGAAAACAUUCUUGAUCGAGUAGGGCCUCACUAAAAAUAAAAAAAUAUUGUUUUUAGUCAUUGAAAAGAGUCAUUAUACUGUAGGAGAUAUGAAGGGGGGGAAACAUAUUAAAACAAAUCGUGAUUUUAUGAGAAUAAUUUAUCUCAUUAAAAACUCAUGAGUGAAGUCAGAAUUUUGCAGGAACAAAAAGUAAAUAUUACAACAGUCAAAUUGUAAUUUCAUAAGUAAAAGUUGUAGUAUUGCGGCACGGUGGACGACUGGUUAGAGCGUCAGCCUCACAGUUCUGAGGACCCGGGUUCAAUCCCCGGCCCCGCCUGUGUGGAGUUUGCAUGUUCUCCCAGUGCCUGCGUGGGUUUUCUCCGGGCACUCCGGUUUCCUCCCACAUCCCAAAAACAUGCAUUAAUUGGAGACUCUAAAUUGCCCGUAGGUAUGACUGUGAGUGCGAAUGGUUGUUUGUUUGUAUGUGCCCUGCGAUUGGCUGGCAACCAGUUCAGGGUGUACCCCGCCUCCUGCCCGAUGAUAGCUGGGAUAGGCUCCAGCACGCCCGCGACCCUAGUGAGGAGAAGCGGCUCAGAAAAUGGAUUGAUGGAUGUAAGUUGUAGUAUUACAAAAAUAAGGUUAAAACAAAAAAGGCUUGUGAUAUUAUAGCUGACAUAUUGACAUUGAAAACGACAUUAUAACAAAGUCAAAGAAUAAAGUCCUAGUUAAAUGAGGAAGAAGUCGCCCUCUCUUUCAGUCAGGAAAAAUUAUAAGUAAAGUUGUAAUUUUACCAAAAAAAAAAAAAUCAAUAUUCAGCAAUCAAGUUGGGAUAUUGCAAGAAAGGUGUUUAUUAGGAAUACUUUAAAAAAAAAAUUUUUUCAUUUCAUGUAAAAUAUUAAUGUAUGAGUCCAAAUUUCCCCCCCCAAAAAAAGUCAAUAUUCAACACUUAAGUUGAGAGAUUUCAAAAAGAAAGUCAAGCCUUUACAAAAAAAAAAAAAGUUGUGAUCUUACAAGAAUCAAUCUUAAUUUUUGGGUCGUUACAUCUGAUAUCAUAGAUCAGUGGUUAGUAAAAAAGUGUACCAAAUAAUAUUUAAAACAAACAGUUCUAAAAGAUUAUAUGCAAAAAUGUUGUACUUUAAAAUUAAGUACAACUGCACUGUACUCAACAAAUGUACCUUUUAAGCCACUGAAACAUUAUGCACAGUUUGAACAUUUAAUUCAGUGAUUCUUUCACAUACCACUAGCGAGAGCCACACUUUGAGAAUUAAUGUUAUAGAUUAUGAAGAGUAAAAUUGAAGAGUAAAAAAAAAAAAAAUCUUAAUAUUAAAACAACUAAUCUGAGAAUAACGUGGUAAUUUAACAAGGAAAAAAAGGUUUGCAACAAGAAAUUGAACAAUGAUCACACUUUCAAUUUGUGAGGACUAAAAAAGUUGGAAUAUUGCAAUAAAAAAGUCAGAAAAAAUAUCCCAAAACCCCAAACGGGUAGUAUUGGUUUCUCCGAAUUGAUUACCUAAACACGUUUGACGGGAAUAAUAUUGGCAUGUGUUUGUUCUUUUUUGACACAGUAUCUGACUUCACUCGAUUUUGAAUUCCAUAACUAUAUUUUUUUUCUCAGUGUUGCUAAUACUCCUUCACGCAUUUAAGUACUUGUGAAUAAUUAUCAUCAUAAUUGCUCAUAAACGCAGAAUAUUUUUGAUGGGUACCAAAAUUGUCCUUUCAUUGCUUGCUUCAUUUAAUCAGAUGAACAUUUAUCUCCGUUCAAUAGUGCCACAUGAAGCUAAUGAACCCUUUAAUCAAUUACGAGGUGUAGUUAAAUUGCCACACCAGUAGAGGAAAGGAUUUAAAAGAAAAAAGGAACAGCUAUAUAUAGAUAUAUGAAUUUUUUUUAUUUAUUUUGUAAGAUGUAACAAAAUUAAAAUCCCAUAAAGUUCUAUUCUCUGCUCCAGUAUUUUCAAAUGAGAUGCAAAAUAAGUUUAGCUCAGGCUCGGUCACUGGUGCCAAAAGUCACAGGAGGUUGUAAAUAGAUGACUUCUAUUGCUUUGAUUGUUUUCAACUUGUGUGUGAAUGUUUUGUGUGUGCGUGCGUGUGUGUGUGCGUGUAUUGGUGUAUGUGUGUGAGUGAUGCUCCAAUUGUGACCAUUUGCUUCAGGGUGCCCAUACAUGAGGUUUUCACAAUAUACACCAGCUUCAAUGUACUGAUUAUCAACUAUUAUCAUCAUGCAGGUAGAAUUAAAUAUUGUAGCUUUUGGGAAUGGGUUUCAAAAUGAUGUCUUUUUUCUGCUCCCAUACACACUAUAUCUACGUAUACAUCCACACACACAGACACACACAUACACACAUACACACACAUACAUACAUACAACCAGUAUUUACUUGCUUAUGACACAACAUGGAGGCCACCCAUUGAUUUUCAGCUCUGAAUGGCAGUAAACAGAACAGAUGGCAAGUUAGGCCUUAGGAGCACACAUUCGCUCACACAUACAAAUAUGUGCUAUUCCAUGAACUAUGCCCCCCCCCAACACACACAGACGGCGCAACUUCACAAAAACCAGCCCCGACACAGAGAUGUAACGUCCAAUAAGUGUACAUAGGGGAUGCCAGCGUACUCGGUGCAGUGCAAACAGCUUAUAGUUGUAUUUAACAUCAUUCAUUCAUUCAUUCAUCUUCCGUACCACUUAUCCUCACGAGGGUUGCGGGCGUGCUGGAUUCUAUCCCAGCUAUCUUCAGGUGAGAGGCGGGGUGCACUACUUAACAUUAAAAAAAAAUAAAAAAAACAGUAUACCCCAUUUACUUAAGUAGUGGCCGAAUUGGGUAUUUAAAGAAAAAUAAACCCUACAAAUACAGUCAAUAUCACCAUAAGGUGCCUUUGAGACUUUCCCAUUACAUCAAAACAAUCUGAGGUUUUCCAUGUUAGAAAUGCAGCUUGGUCAAGUUCUCGCACAUUUUUGUAUUUUUUGGGGGGGGUUUAUAAGAAAUUAACUGCAAGCAGACAAUAUAUAUGCAAACAGCAAAAUAUGUGAGCUUGCUGACAGGGUGGACAAUGACAGGGUGGACUUUUUUUGGCCAAAUGUUUAUUGCAUUUUAUCAGCACAUGGUGGCCCUUCGCUUAGCAGCAUGAUUCAAUAGCAAGCUGUGAACUGUUUGACAAAUAUCACUUGAAUUUCUGAAAUAUUUUGAUAUCAAUCAGCAUUUCACAAUGACGGGGUCGAAAUAGUAGUGAGGACACCAAAGGCUCUUCAUAGUGAUAUUGACCCGUAGCUCAUCCCGUUUCUCAUCAAGAAAAAGAAAAAAAAAAAACGGAAAGACAUCAAUUCAUAGACUCUAUUGUUCACAGGCAGACAUUUAAGCUAGCUGCUCAGUCCAUUGACUUAUACUUAAACUCGUUUGCUAAACAAAACAGAAGCACCUAAACAGCCAUUGAGGCAACUAACUGGUCGCUUUCACGCUGCCUUUGAAAAUUGGUGUAGCAAGAACUGAUUUUUCCGCUAGUCACUUUCAGACAGAACUCACCAGUGUGCGCUUUCCCACAGCCGUUGCGGCUUAACGUAGGCAGAUGAUUAGAUGAAUGGCGACGAGCGCUUUCAACACAAAGGUCAGUGAAACACAGGAGGUGAAAGGCAAAAUUUACACCUGGUCCAGAUAUGGAUCAGUAUAUGUCCUGGUUCAAUUAAAAUUGGUAUUUAAACAGUUCUCUUCAUCAUGCUGGUCACAUUUUGACAUCAUGACUCCAAGAUGACAGCGAUACGGAGGGCCUGGAAGAGUCACAGAAAGGCAUAGAGGUUGUUGGAAAUGUAUUGGUCAAUGCAUGGAUCAAGCACCUGUUGUGAAUUUUGCCGUUCAGCACCUAGGACUCACUGCCCCUUGGUGUUGAAAGCACUUGUCACCAUCGCCACGUAUGCGCUAAGCCGCGGUUGAGUGAAAGCCCAGUUGGUUAAAUUCUGUCUGAAAGGGACACGCUACCAAAUCAAGGCUCUACUGUUACACCACACCAUUUUUGCUGUUCAGCUAAAGUUUCGCUAAAAGUACUAAAACGUUGAACAGUUGGACAUGGAUUCAAAAGUUUGUAAACUGGAAUUAAGUUAACCUGUACAGGUUAUAAUGCUUUUUAGGUUCAUUGUGAAAUUUCACCCGGAAGCCCCAUAUCCUGAACUUUUUGUGAUUAGUGCACUCUAUAGUUGCCCUCUGACCUCUAUUUGCACAAAUGCGCUAAGCUUUAAGAUGUCUACACAUCACUUCUAGUCAGCAAAAUGUGAGACAGCGAGCCAUAAAAAAUAAUCCUAAUCAGGAGAUCAAAAAUAUUUUUUUAAUCUAAAUCACUUUACCGAGUCCUCUUUCUCAAGCUGUUGUGUGGUGGUUGUCACUUUGUGCUAAAAGGUAGACGUAGUGACGACGUGAGGAAGUGUUGAACAUGUCUGUUUCGUGAAGUCAGUGUAAAUGCUACAGAUCCUUGGACUGAGGGGAGUUUGUGAAAGAGGUUAAGGGGGAAUUGGUGAGCUAAGAUUUUGUGACCAAAGCUGGGAAGCUGACAAUAAAAAAGAAAAAAAGUGAAGUAUUCCGUUACAUUUUAAGUAGCACUUAUUUGACACUUAUUCACCCCCCCCAAAAUUAGCACAUCUAAUAUUGGGGGGGUGAAUGUCCUGGCUUUGGAUCUUGUCGCUAUUGAUGUGAGGACAUUACUCGUCACUUUAAAAACCAAAACCCUCCCCCCCCAAAAAAAAAAGAAAUUGUAAUGUAAAUUGACUGGAGCCAGACAAAAUUGCACUACGCUCAUUUCCAGUCGAUAAGAGUCUAUUUUGUAUAAAGUAUCAUCUUAAAAGAUUUUAAGGGCAGAUCAAUUUUCGCUGGUGUGUAUGGCCUAUUGUUUUGUUCGUAUUUCGGUUCACUGUAAUAAAUACAAACACAAUGUAAGAUGUUUGUUUGGGUGGGAGGGGGUGGGGGCUUAUAAAAAAACACAUCGGUUCUGAUAUGACUUGUGUAUUAUUUACACCCGCUCUAUAGUCAGUGUCGAUAUUUUCACUUUUUUCAUUCAAUGUUGAAUCUGUGUUGCUAUUUGGUUGACUGGCAGGAAGUGAUUUGACUUGAGACCGAUUACAAAAUAAAGUCAACUGUUUUUCCAAACUUUUACUCUCCAUUAAUGACUACAAAUGUGCUGAAAACAAGCGACCAACAAGACUUUGAGACCCCUCAUUCAAAAUCUAUAACUUCUAGCUGGUCUCAAUAUUAUAUCACAAUAUUUUAAGAGCUAUGUUCUCAGUCUAGUGCAUAAACUGAAUAUCUGCAGGUUUAGGUAGCCAAAUUUUAGAUGGGGAAUUAUGUAAAGAGACUGAAAUAAAAUAUUUAAUUGAGUUGAUCAAAGAGGUGCUGUGAGUAAGCUAUUAAAGCGUUUUAGCCGUGAUAUUUAUUGGCGGGCAAUAUUUGUUUUCACUGUUUACUGGUCCUCAGAACUGUGAGGCUGACGCUCUAACCAGUCGGCCACCGUGCCGCCGGCUUUAUUUGAUAUAGAAUAAUAAAAAAAAAAACAUUCUCCCCUUCAAAGUGUAAAUGUAGCCGGACCGGUCCGACGACAUACUGCAUAUAAUGAUGUAAGGCAUUUUUCAAAUUUAGACUGUUUGGCGGUUGCGCACGAAUUUCUAUGUUACGCAUGGUGGGUGUGUCAGAUGUCUGGCACAUGCGCAUACUGUCAAUAAAAAGUGCACAAAAAGACUUGUACGUGAACAGAAUGGGUGAAAAAAGAAAUGUUGGAACCAUAUUCUUAAUAUACUCUAUAAACAGGCUAAGCCAAAUUUAAGACGUUCUUCAAGAUCACUUUGAUUUGAGACCUCAUUUACUUAAAUGCCACAGAUUGAGUGACAUGGUCUGAAUAUUCUAACACCGUAUUUUUAUGAUAAAUUGCAAUAAUAUAUUUGCGCUAGGAGUGGGUGGGCUCAAUAUUAUAUCACAAUAUUUCAAAUGUGUGACCAUAAGUAACUUUUGUUUUUACUUACAUGGACAAACUGAAAAACUGCUUUUUUCGAGCUCUAUGGUCCAUAUGUACGUGCGUGGUUAUUAACAAAAAUUAUGAAAUAACGAAAAUAUUUUACUUGAUAUCUUGCACAUUUCAGUACGAUUUAAAUGUAAUUCCACAUACAACAAAUUAAUUUGAUAUAGUAUAUUAAUUUUUUAUGGCUCCCAAAUGUGUGACUGCCACAUUACAAACUGAAAUUAGGCUUAGAAAAAAGAAUUCCAGAAGAGCUCCUGCAACAUGUAUCUUUAAUCAUGCAAUUCCACCAUUUUUAAGGCUGUAAAUAAACUGAAAUGAUACAAAAAAAUCUGAGCAUCAAAAAUGGAAAUAAGAAAUUAAGUUAGUAUGCUAAGAAUCCAAAUAUAAAAAUUUCAUACUUAAAAAAAAAAAUCAUCAAAUUUGGAUGUAAGUAUAUAUAUAUAUGUAUAUAUAUAUAUAUAUAUAUACACACAAAGUCAAUAAAACACCUCAGUUCAGAUUACAAGCAAGUCUCAUAAAUAAAAGUAGUCUCAUUUCACAUUGACAUCAUUUUGUUUUGAAACUCCCAGUUGAGUUUCCUGUUAGCACAAGACUUUGGACACACUUGGAGGGCAAAUGUCAACUUUGUACGCAGGGAGCACGCUGGAGGCCCACAACAGGGAAGCUUUCUUUUUUUUUUUUUUUUUUUUUUUUUUUUGGGGGGGGGGGGG